GCACGCAGUGUUAUGCUAGACAUAAUAAAUUAAAUGUUUAUGUAAAUGAAACAAUUUUUGAACUAAUAUUAAUUAUUUAACUAAAUUUAUAAAUAAACAACUGCUAUGUCACGACGAACACCGAUAAAAUCAAGAGUUAAAGUGUGUAAUAAAUCUGUUUUUCACCUUCAAGAUAAAAAAGCAGAUGAUAGUGAGCUCUCAAUUGGCUUAAUUAAAUCAGCAAAGCGGACAGGACAGUUGAGUUUAUGCAACAGGGGACUAGGGAGCGUUCCUGAAAAUGUGUGGAAAAUCGAUGAACUUGUUAUGGAUGAUACCAAAGAGGUAGAUUUUGCAAGAUCAGACCAAAAUAAUUGGUGGAACUGUGAGCCCUUGAAAAUGCUUGAUCUCAGUUCCAAUGUCAUUAAGGCAAUAUCGCCAAAUGUCAAAUUACUACAAGAUCUUGUUACCCUCAAGUUACAUGAUAAUGCCUUAACAUGCCUACCAUCAGAGAUUGGAGAGUUAAAGAGCUUGUCAAAUCUCAGCUUGGAUCAUAACAAAUUGAAGGAGUUGCCGAUAGAGUUCUACAAACUAACAGAGUUGAGGUGGUUGAGCAUAUCACAUAAUGAGCUUAUUAAAAUCGUACCUGAUUUUGGUGAUUUAGUCAUGUUAACGUUUCUGGAUUUAUCUCAUAAUAAACUGUCAUCAUUGCCACCUGGAAUGGGUUAUUUGGUGCGAUUGGUGGAACUCAAUUUAUCACACAAUGAACUAGUAGAACUUCCUCCAGAUAUUGUUAAUUUGAGAGAUUUAAAGAAAUUUAAUAUAAGCAAUAAUAAUUUAAAGAAUUUACCGCCAAUGGGUGAAUUGAGGAAAAUGGAGAUCUUAGACGCCAAUCACAAUAAUAUUGAAGAGUUACCAGAUUUUUACGGAUGCAACGCUCUAAAGGAAAUAUACUUAGCUAAUAAUUUUAUUAAGGCGAUUACCGAAGAGUUCUGCGAUCAGAUGCAACACUUGAAUAUAUUAAAUAUAAGGGACAAUAAAUUGGAAAUCCUGCCUGACAACAUAUCAUUGUUACAGAAACUGAAAAGACUCGAUCUGACCAAUAAUAAUUUAAAUCAGUUACCAAGGAAUUUAGGGCUCUUAUCUCAACUGCAAAGUAUUAAUAUGGAAGGGAACAAAUUAUCGUUUGUGCGACAAGACGUAAUUCGUGGUGGUACGGAUAGAAUGAUGAAAUAUCUGAGGGACAGGAUCGGUGAAGAAGUCGUCUCUGAGACCAGAUAUGAAGCGGAAUGGCCUGAUAAGUACACGAUGAAAAAGAGUCAGUCGCUCAUGGUCCCCGGCCGCGAGCUGACGUGUGUCCCCGACCACGUGUUCCGCGCAGCUGCUGAUGCUGAGGUGCAUAUCGUUGACAUAUCCAAGAAUAAACUCACUGCUAUACCUACUAGCAUUACCAUGCUCAGCGAAUGGCUAUCACAACUGGUUCUAACAUCGAACAGUAUAGAGAGUAUACCGCCGGAAAUCGGUUCUUUACAACACUUGCAGUUUCUGGACUUGGGCAAAAAUUGCCUUGCUGAUUUACCUAUUGAGCUCGGUGACUUGAAGCACUUGAGGGAACUAGUGAUUUGUAAUAAUAAAUUCACUAAAAUCCCGCGCUGUGUGUACGAGUUGGAUCAUCUAGAGAUACUAUUGGCGGCUGAGAACCAAAUAACUGAGAUCAAUAUAUCUUCAGAUGCUCUCGCUAAAUUAAAGCGAUUGGCGGUACUAGAUCUUACCAAUAACAGUAUUAUGAGCGUGCCACCUGAGUUGGGGAACUUUACGCAUUUGAGGUCAUUAGAGCUGAUGGGUAAUUGCUUCAGACAGCCUCGACACGCGAUUCUGGCAAAGGGCACGGCGUCCAUCUUGUCGUACCUCAGAGACCGAAUACCGGUCUAGUUCGAACGUUCUCAAUUCGAAAUCUUUUAACGUUCCGAAAAAAAAGAAGAUAAACGUUAAAAAAGUAAAUAAAAAAAAAUGUUCCAAAAAAGCACAAUUCAAAUUCGGAACACCGCUUUUCUUGACUGCUUUGACGUAUUUAAAGCACUACGAAGAAAAUGCUGGCUGAAAAUAUAUACAAGCUUCUUAAGCGAUUUUUGCUUUUUUUGAUGUGUAUUGAGUGCGUGUGAAAUAUUUUUAUGAAUUAUGAAAUCGCGAGCACUUAACUUUAUAUAUUAUAUCCGAUAUGUAUAUCCGGGACGUAUCAAAUUUGAUUGGUUGUGAAAUUUAAGAUAUUCAUAUUAAAAAGUGACGCUCAAAAUAUUGGUGCCAAAUAUUGGUAUGGCCAUUGAAGAAUAUGUUGAAAGGUUUUGAAUUGAGAAUGGGCAAAGAAAGUCUUUGAUAUGGGAAAGUAAUUAUUUUUGAACGAGUUGAAUUUAAUAUUCUGAGCAAAAGGAUUUAAUAAAAAUGAUUACUCUUGUUUAAUCAAAGACUUUUAGAAACAAUAAAUAAAAGUUGAGAUGUUAAUGUUCAAGAAAUGAAAAUUAUGAAGUAUUUACAUAUGUCGGGAAGAUAUUUUUUGUUGCGUAUUUAUAUUUGAUUUGUAUUAGUGAUUGUAAUUAUAAAAAAUCAACCAAAGCUAAAAUUACCAAAAGAUAAUUGUUUUGUACCUGAUUACCGCCGAAUAUAUUAUUUGUUAUAUUUUUUAUUUGUUAAAUUUGUUGAUUAUUGGAAUAUUUUGAAUGUAUUGAACGAUUUAUUUGAUAAAUUAACGAAAUAUUGUUAUUAUUCAGUUCCUAGCUUGAAUUAUUCCUGACAUUUUUAAGGUUUUCGUACUAAUUAUCAUGUGUGUUUUUUGACUAUUCAAAGUGCAUAUGUAUUUGUGACUGUAUUACUUAAAAAAAAGUAUUAUGUUAAUAUAAAAUAUAUCAUUGAUUAUGUCGAUCAAGUGUAAUGUUGGUCAGAAUUAAAAGAUAACAUGCUAUGGUUAAAGUAUAAUAAAUACCUACAUAAUAUUACAUAUUAUAUGAUAUUAACAAGUAUACAAAAAAAUCUACUAGUCAUAGGAGGCAAUCAUCAUUUAAAAUGUUUAUGGUUUUUCCUUGUGCUUAGAAUAUAGCCAUCACCGCUUA